UCAUACCCCAUCUUUGAUUGCCCCCGCCUCUCUUGUCACUUUUACGAUGCCCGGGUCGUAGUUUCUUGGGCGAGUAGUACUAGGCCCGUGUCACGUGAUAGCUAUUGGUUGCUAGGCAGGAGCGGCGCUUGGUUACGGGAGCCCACAAUGCAGCGGGGCAACGCAGAGAAGAAGAUGGGAGUCAGCAAACAGAUUACUCCUGAUCGCGAGACGCGAAACACAGUCUUGUUCAAUGCGUCAAAGAGGGAGCUGUUUACCACGAACAACGGCUAUAAAUCUCUGCAGAAAAGACUACGAAGCAACUGGAAGAUCCAGAGUCUGAAGGAGGACGUCACCAUUGAGAAGCUGGAAGGUGUUAAACUGUGGAUCACAGCGGGACCGAGGGAGAAGUUCACAGCUGCCGAGUUCGAGGCGCUAAAGAAUUUCCUGGACAAUGGCGGCGACAUCCUAGUGAUGCUGGGAGAAGGAGGGGAGUCCAAACACGAUACCAACAUCAACUUUCUGCUGGAGGAGUAUGGCAUCAUGGUGAACGCAGAUUCUGUCAUGAGAAACGUCUACUAUAAAUACUUCCACCCCAAAGAGGCGCUCGUCUCCAACGGAGUGCUAAAUCGGGAGAUCAGCAGAGCCGCGGGAAAGGACAUGUCCGUGGUUAUGGACGAAGAUGGUGGAGGCAACAACAGCCAAGCUCUGACAUUUGUUUACCCAUUUGGUGCCACGCUUAACGUCAUGAAGCCAGCCAUGGCCAUUUUGUCCACAGGAUCUGUCUGCUUCCCUCUCAACAGGCCCAUCUUGGCCUUCUACCAGGCGAAGGCGAAGGGAGGGAAGAUGGCCGUUCUGGGUUCCUGUCACAUGUUCAGUGAUCAGUAUCUGGACAAGGAGGAAAACGGCAAGAUCCUGGAUGUGCUCAUGCAGUGGCUCACCACCGACGACAUCCAGUUAAACCAAAUCGAUGCAGAGGAUCCAGAGAUUUCAGACUACACUAUGCUCCCCGACACCAACAAACUUUCCCAGCACUUACGAGUCUGUCUGCAGGAGGGCGACGAGAACCCACGAGAUUUCACAACCCUGUUUGACAUGAGCAUCUUUGGACUUGAUACGUCCUCUCUGUCUAAAGUGAUUAAGGCUUACGAGCAGCUCAACGUGAAGCACGAAACUCUGCAGCUCAUCCAGCCCCAGUUUGAGACUCCGCUUCCUGGUCUUCAACCCUCUGUUUUUCCCCCCUCCUUCCGGGAGCUCCCUCCUCCAGCCUUAGACCUGUUUGAUCUUGAUGAGAAUUUUUCUUCGGAAAAAGCCCGUCUAGCGCAAAUCACCAACAGAUGCACUGACGAUGACCUGGAGUUCUAUGUGCGGAAGUGCGGAGAUAUUUUGGGAGUGACGGCGAACCUUCCCAAGGAGGAACAAGAUGCCAAGCACAUACUGGAACACAUUUUCUUCCAGGUUGUGGAGUUCAAAAAACUCAAUCAGGAACAUGAUGUGGACACCAGUGAAGCCGGGUUCCAGAGCAGCUAAAACUCAGCGCAACUAUUUCACCAGGAGGCACAUAUUUAUUUAUAUUUUUGUAUUAUAUCAUUUUAAUAUCUUUUCUCUGAAUUAUCUAGGGUAUGGAAAAUGUAAAUAUUUAACACACAUUAAAAAGGGACAUUUUUUUUUUACACCGAGCAGAGAAUAAAUUGGUUUAUAGAA